GGUCCUCCGAAGCCACAGAAACCACGCCCAUGGCUUGCUAGCCGUUGCCUUGGUUACCGUGGAGUGCCCUGGCAUAGCCAGCGCCGCUUGUUUGUACGGCUGGCGGCACCGAUCUGUACUCCAGGGAGACCGGAGAGCUGAACCAUGCUGAGCCAUCCUGGAUCGCCCGUCCCCAGAGACAGGCUCAUCUCCAACAUACCCAAGUGUUACACACCUGAAGCCUCCUUGCACUUCAGAACAAAUUUUGAUGAUCAUGUGAAGAUCGCGUGCCAGCAGCGCCAUGGACCCUUUGGGUUGAAAAUGGCUAAAGUUGUAAUGGUGGGAGACCUAUAUGUGGGGAAAACCAGCCUGAUUAACAGGUUUUGCAAGAAUGUCUUUGACCGUGAUUACAAAGCAACGAUUGGUGUUGAUUUUGAAAUAGAGCGGUUUGAAAUCUUGGGCGUACCAUUUAACCUUCAGAUCUGGGACACAGCUGGACAAGAGAAGUUCAAAUGCAUUGCAUCGGCAUAUUACAGAGGAGCACAAGUGAUUAUUACUGCUUUUGAUCUGGGUGACAUUCAAACCCUUGAGCACACUAGGCACUGGCUGCAGGAUGCUCUGAGAGAAAAUGAACCCGAUUCAUGCUCCGUAUACCUAGUUGGGGCUAAAAAAGACACAUUGUCAGAGGCUGAAUAUGAACGGACAAAGCAAGAUGCUUUGAAAUUUGCUGAGGAAAUGAAUGCAGAAUAUUGGUCUGUCUCUGCCAAAACAGGUGAACAUGUAAAGGAUUUCUUUUUUCGGGUGGCAGCUCUGGCCUUUGAACAGUCCAUGAAAAGGGAGUUGGAGAAGAGCAGAUAUAUCACAGCACAGAUUGGAGCUGGCAGUCUUAUACAUCUUGAAGGAAAUUCACCCGAGAAAAGGGAAAAUGAUUCCCAGCCUAACAUGAAUUGUUGUUAGAUUAUGACUGCCUACAGAACAGACCACUUAAUACUCUGCAGCUCUUAUUGCCACCGGCAGUGUCCAGGCAGCACAGCAAGCCACACGAGUUUCGUCUAAAUUGUGACCAAACAAUGAAGCUCAAAUCCCUCUUUGGGCUUUUAGAGACAACGACAAAACAUCUUGAAGUCUGCACUACAUUAAGAUUUGUCUAGCCUGCAGCACAGCAAUAAUGUGCCCCUUGCAUCAGGGACGCUCUCCAUCCUCCCUGGUCGAUUUCUGCAUCAGCAAGUUCAAAUGUAUAAUCUUACAUUAUGAAGCUUAGAUGACUUUCCAAAAAAAAAAAACAAGACAGUAAAUAAGAAUAUUAUAAACCGUGUCUAAAAAAAAAAAUGCCAAAGCCUUGCAUUUAUUUUCCUACAUGUAUUAUGGAUUUGUAUGUAGUUAUUCUCAUUUCUAAAAAUAAUAAUUAUGACAUGAAAAGUCAACUGUUAUUGUUAUGGCCAGAGCUGGAUUUCUGCAUUUUCAACGGGUGGUGGCAUACGGUGGAAGGGCUGCUGCGGGGAACAAGCCACCCAUGCAUUAGGGUUCAUUGACUAGAAGAGUAGAGCAUGUUCAAUUUGCAAAUGGAAUUUUCACUUAGCUUAGUGAAUAAGGUGAAGAUUUUCUGACCGCAACAAUCCAAUCGUGUGCAAGAAAAAAUCCUUUUUUCUGGUAGAUCAUUUACUACGCUGUGAACAUUCUCUUUUAACACUAAGUGAACAUUCCCUUUCAAAAUAAAAUGUUCUUGCAAAGUGAACAUACUCUACCCCUUUAGUAAAAAAAACCCAUUAUGUUUCAGACUGUAAGUAGACAUUUUUGUGAAUAAAAAGUAUUCCAGUUUC